CUCCACUCUUAUUUAAAUAUUAAGGAAUUCAUCGUCCCAAAUUUACUUUUAUAAUUUCUUUUAAAAUUUGAAAGUAGAGCUGUUACUGCAGAUGGCUAGCGCUAAUCACGAAGCGAAAUCAGAUGACGCCUACGAAAUUAGAAUAAUAUCGCCACAAACCAAAGAAAGAAAAAAUGUUUCAGUUGAAAUGAUGGAUGUGAAUGGCGACGACAAUAAAGUGCAUGUGGUGAAGACUAGUAUAUUACUGGAAGAGAUGGUAGAAAACCCAAAUGACUACUAUAUGGUUGCUAUCAACAAGCGCGAAGCAGAGAGAGAAAUGGAUGAUGAUGCAAGCAUACUUGAUUAUUUUGAAGAAAUGAGUUAUGGGCAUUUUGAAUUUCGUUUGAAGGAAUAAAUAUAUUAUUUUAUUCAUGUUUAUAUGAAUAUAUGUAGAUAAACUAUAAUAUACCAUUCCGAUUUUACCCCUUUAUUUUCGCUAAUUCUUAUGAUAACUGUUUCCUAAUUCUUAAGAGGCUUUUAAAAAAUACGGAUAUUUUUAAAGCUUUAACGUUUUUUUUGGUGGUCAUUUAAUUAAAUUAUUUUUUUUUAUCAAGCAAUUUUUAUCUAACAACACACACUUAUAUUGGAUACUUGCCAGUCAGGAAUGACGGCCUUAUAUAGCUUACUUUUUUUUCCUUAUUUACUUCAACGAAUGCUAUGUAGUUUAAAACUCUGUUUUCAGCUAUGAAUUAUUAUUUGUUUGUAAGUUCUCUGCCAUAGUAACUGCUAGGUCAGACUUUUUAAUAAUAUAACAAUGUGAAUUUAUGUGGACGAAAGUCAAGUUGCUACUAUAAAACAUAGCGUCGUUCGUUACACGCAAGAAAUAAUCUCUGAAUUUCAUUUAAAACUUAAGUUACAUCC